AUAUCCGAUGUUCGACCCGCACAAACUAAUCAGCUAGACCGAACAGCGCCUCUGGUUCCAGCCAAUUCACAUGAUCGAGCCGGAACUUUAGUUCCUUACACUGCUGCUACAGCUAGUCUACCGAACCUAAACAAAAAGAAUCUGUCUGCUGUUGACCAGCACAGACUUGAGCUCCUCCAGCAGAUAGAAGAGACCAAGCGACGUCGGGAGCUCGAACGCGAAAAAGAAAGAUUGGAGGAACAGAAGGAGAUGGAAAAACUCGAGCGGUACAAUGAGAAAAUAAGAAAGGAGAAGGAAGAGGAAGAAAGGAAGUUAAGAGAAAGAGCAAGACUUAUCGAAAAACGAAGUGAGCAGCUGUACGAAAAACAAUCCAAGCCUCAGCGCCAGAGGUCGCCACCGCCACGAGCGCGCCAAGAAGAGCGUCGUUCUCCAUCACCGUCGGAAACGCCCAAACUGGAAUGGUGGGAAAAGAAACCUUCAUGGCAGCAAAAG